UCUCAAACUAAAUCUCUCUCUCUCAAAAUCGAGAGUACCCCAUCUCUCUCUUCCUCUCAGACUAAAAAUCUCUCUCUCUCUAAAUUGAGAGUGCCCCAUCUCUCUCUUCCUCUCAAACUAAAGCUCUCUCUCUCUAAAUUGAGAGUACCCCAUCUGUCUCCCUCUUCAUCUCAAUCUAAAGCUCUCUCUCUCUCUAAAUUGAGAGUGCCCCAACUCUCUCUCUUCCUCUCCAAUCCCAAAAGAAUGAGGGACUUGGUGCCAUGUCUGAGCGAAAGUGCAGUCCAACUUUCCUCACCCUCCUCCUCCUCCUCCCCUUCCUCUCAAAAUAUGGUGACCUGCCUUUACGAAGCGGAGCUCUCCGGCGAGCCCCGACUUGUGACCAUAACAUGGUGCAAGAACCUCAUGGGCCACGGCCUAAGCGUGAAUAUAACCGACUCAUCGAACCCACGGGGGCUCGACACCAAGCCCACUUGGCCCAUGUGGAAGAAACGGGGGAUGAAGAAUUUCCGAGCUGGUGAGGCUCAUGUUGAGGUUCAUUGGGAUCUCUCUUCGGCUAAGUAUGGCCCGAGCCCCGAGCCCAUCGAGAAUUACUAUGUAGCAAUGGUCUCAGACCAUAGGCUUGUGCUUCUUCUUGGUGACAUGAACCGAGAGGCCAUCGACAGGUCCAAGGCACAGCUCGAUGAGCCCAGAUCCGGGUCCGAUGAGUCUGGAUCCUUCGAACCGGGGUUUAGGCCGCGGCUCAUUUGGCGAAAGGAACAUGUGUUCGGGAAGAACCUCUAUUCAACAAGGGCUCGGUUCAACGAGUCCGGGAAGGCUCAUGAUAUCGUUAUCGAGUGUUUCGGAGAGAAGGGUAGCAAUCGAGAACCGAGGCUUUGCGUUCGGAUCGACAAGAAGAUGGUGGUUCAUGUGAAAAGAUUGCUAUGGAAAUUUAGAGGAAACCAAACAAUUUUAGUGGAUGGAUCACCUAUUGACAUGUUAUGGGAUGUCCAUGACUGGUUCUUUAGCCCUGGUCCCUCUGGUUAUGCAGUUUUCAUGUUUAAGACCAAAAUGGAUCUUGGAAUUCAGACUUGGGUUUCAGAGAAUAAGCUUAGAGAGUCUCAUGAGCGUGGUGGUUUCUCUCUCUUGAUCUAUGCAUGGAAGAAUCAAUGAGUUUGGUGGAUUGGGUUUUGGAUUUGUAAGUUGGUGUUUUUAUUUCUCGGUGAUUUGAAUUUCGCAGUUUUCAUUGAUUGAUUUAUGGAGAUAAGAAACAUUCUUAGAGGAGAGAGAGAGAGAGAGAGAGAGAGAGAGAGAGAGA